ACGAAACCGAACUCUGUUUACUUUUUUCUUUUUUCGGUAGUUUCUAAUCAUGGCACCCUCUGUUGCAGAGCCGGUUGCAGAAAUUCAUGAUAUUAAAAAAAAAUGGCAACCGACACAAUUUACCAGUAGAAAUAUACCAUCUUUUUUACAAUCGCCUUACAGAAAUAUGUUAUCCUAUCGAUCAAUACAACAGAAAAAGAAGAAAGCCAAAGAAGUUACUUCUGUCGGUGGAACAACAGCAAUAGCUCGAACCUUAAUGAUGCAGAGUCUCUAUUUAUUCUAUAGAACUCCUGUCAAGCUCUUUCGACCUUUACGAGUUGAUUAUCUCAUCAUGGCAAGAGCACUCAUGCCCAUCAACGAUGCAACUGCGAAACGAUUCUCUUUUAGAUAUACUUCUAUUGGCAUGAUCACACAUGCUGUGAAGACAAAAGGCUGGAACUUUAUACCUCGCCAUAUUCUUCCACCUUUACUUGCAAAUACUCUAAUUGGUACUGUCCUUUAUACUACCUACAUUGCGACAUUACCUAUCUUUCACCCACCUAGCUCGUUUCAACUGCAUCGUCCUUUCCCACCACCACCUUAUUCAUCUGUCUUUUUAGCAGGUUGCCUGGCUGGUGCCGCUCAAUCAAUUGUUGCCACACCUCUGGAUUCAUUAAAAGUUCGGUUCGAAGUAAGCGAUUUGUUAGAAGGAAAGCAUAAGUCUAUGUACCAAUUUGCGAAAUCCACACUGAAAGAAUUGGGCAUAGCCAGUGCUUAUCGAGGAUUUACAUUGACUUUGAUAAGAGAUUCGUUAGCAUGUGGUCUCUUCUUUGCUACAUUUGAGUGGGUGAAACAGCAAGGAUACUAUUACUUUUUAGAUGAAAUGUAUGGAUUACAAGUCGAUUCGAGAAAGACGUUAAAUGAGAUUGAAAAAGGAUGGAAGGAAGUGCAUAAAAUGGAUGAGGUUGAUCAGCAUCAAAUAAUAUCGGCAUCUGGUAAAUCUUCUGAAAGACCACCAUUGAUGCUGGAGCCUCUAUUUGUUAUUUUUGCUGGUGCAACAGCAGCAGUGGCAUAUCAAAUCAUCGAGCACCCUUUUUCAAAGAUCCACAGUAUAUUCUACAUCGAGGAGGGUCAAUCCGAAUUUACCAAUAAAACCAAGAAAGAGCCCGUGAACGAUUUAUAUAAGCGUACUUGGGAACAAUGUAAAACUCAAGUGAAAGCAAACGGUGGCAGCUGGAGAAAGUUCUUAUAUCAAGAGUUUGGUCAUACUGUGAUCCGUGUUGUUCCCGCCACAAGCGUUGGUUUCUUGGUAUUCGAGCUUGUGAAACGUGAAGUCGAUUUUAGAAGUAUUGAUUUCGAUCCAUUGUAAUAUAUUUAAUUGUCUGUUUCUUUUUUUAUGUUCCCCCCUAAUCCAUCUAAUUUUUGUAAUAUUCUAAUGUGUAAAAUAAAAAAUAAAAAAUAAAAAAAUAAAAAUACCUUUGC